ACGAACGUCCCUUUCGGCAGCUCUCUCUCGAACACUCGAGUUGGUUGCCCAUUACCCAGAGCGAUUCCCUCCGACAAUCUAUCAGAAAACCAAAACCCUCUUUUCUUUCUUCCUCAGUAGCCAAACCAGCAUUACAUACGCACACAACCACCCAUACAAACGCGCAGUUGACACACAAUGGAUCCAGAAACAGCCCUAGGGCUCGUGAAACACGGCGCUACUCUCCUCCUGCUAUACGUCCCUCAGUACACCCUCGUCGGAAUCGACACUCAGAUGUUCUCUGUGGGGCCUGCUUUUAAGGGCAUCAAAAUGAUCCCUCCUGGUCCUCAUUUCGUCUACUAUAGCUCUUCAAACAGAGAAGGAAGUGAGUUUUCUCCAGUAAUUGGCUUCUUUGUUGAUAUGAGCCCCUCAGAGGUGGUUGUUCGGAAAUGGGAUCAACAAGAGGAACGUUUAGUCAAACUCUCAGAAGAUGAGGAAGAGAGAUAUUCUCAAGCAGUAAAAAGCUUGGAGUUUGACAGAGAACUUGGCCCGUAUACACUAGGUCAGUAUGGAAAUUGGAAGCGGUUGUCCAACUAUAUUAGCAAGAAUACUGUUGAACGCAUCGAACCCAUCGGAGGAGAAAUUACGGUUGCAUCUGAAUCUGAGAUAGUUGGAAAUAUUCCUAUAACGUCCGCUGAGAAAGCAUUGGCUGAGCAGUUGAGGAAUUAUAAGUUCUCAAGGCCUGUUAAAAAUCCUCAAAGGAAAGGUUGUUAUUAUACACCAAUUCCCCGUGUUAUUAAGCAAAAGGGCAUUCAUGGGCAAGAUCUUACUUGUUUGAAUCUUGACAAGUCACAAUUGUUGGAAAACAUACUAAUGAAAGACUAUGGAGGUUGUGAUGACUUAAUUCUAGGCGAGCUACAAUUUGCAUUUAUUGCAUUUCUGAUGGGACAAUCACUUGAAGCAUUUUUCCAAUGGAAAUCAUUAGUUAGCCUCUUUCUUGGAUGUACUGAAGCUCCUCUACAUACAAGGACUCAGCUAUUUACCAAGUUUAUUAAAGUUCUCUAUUAUCAGCUGAAAUACGGAUUUCAGAAAGAGCACACAGAUACUGGGGGUGCAGAGAAAGGUGCAUUAAGAUUGUUAGAUGAGUCUUGGUUAUCUGCAGAUAGCUUUCUACACCACCUUUGCAAGGAUUUCUUUUUGUUGGUGCUCGAAGCCACGGUCAUAGACGGAGAUCUUUUGUCAUGGACAAGGAAAUUCAAAGAGCUCCUUGAACACACUCUUGGAUGGGACUUCCAGCAGAAAAGUGCAGUAGAUGGAAUGUACUGCGAAGAAAAUGACGAGUAUGCUCCAGUUGUUGUGAUGUCAGAUGGAUGAUUGAGGCCUGCCAUUUUAGGUGUUGACAGAAGCCAACUCUCAGCAAUCAGCGAAUGACAGCAUUUGCGGAAUCUUCACAUCUCUGCUUCAACAACCCAAACAUGUGGCUAAUGAAGCUAACACGAAACAUGCGAUCGGUUCUUAUCUUCCUCGGAUCAUGUACACCAUUAGAGAGAAAAGAGAGAGAUAUUCUUCCUCCUCUGUGCAGGUAUUGAAAACAAAUAGAGUAGAUAAUGUACAAUCAUGUAUUUAAAGCGCUAAAAUUGUAUACCUUACUAGAGGGUGUCUAAUCUUAUUAGAAGCGUACUCAUUUGUAGCUCUUGAUCUUGGUCUUCACUUUAUGGAUCAAAUACUUGGGGGCUAUGCGUGUGAACAUGAAGUUGAUGAGAAGUUUGGAAGUUUCCCCUACAUUUGCAAUUUUGUAUGCUCUUAUUUAUAUUGCUAAGUUAUGUUGUGAUGAUAGCGAACAGUGAUAAACAACGGGCUGAAUAAAGAGAGGUCAUACUUGGUAUGCUA